CGGUGGAACUCGAAGCGGCGGUCGUCCUCGUGAACUGGCGACGCAUUCAAUUCCCCCGGCGCCGGCUUCUCAGCUCCCUCCUUACUACUUAUUCCGUCCACCCACAGCUACUCCGGCGCCGUCUCAGCUCCCUCCCGGUCAACUCCUUCUCCUUUCCCAGCAGAAGCUCCGGCGAAGGUGAGGCUGCCGAUUAUCUCUGGUCUCCACCUCUUGUCUGUAAUCUCUGGCCCCUGUUUCUCUGUCCAAAGAUCUUGGUCGCUGAUGCGGCGGCGAUGUCCUUUCGAUCAGCAGGUGCAGACCAUCAUGGGCGGCGGUGGCGUCGACAGCGACUGGGCGGUGAUGCCCGCCCCUCCCCUCGCCGAGGUCACCAUUGCCCUCGUCGGGAAGGUUGGCACGGGGAAGAGCGCCACGGCCAACUUAAUCCUUGGGAGCCAAGCCUUUGCCUCCGAGUACUCCCCCGGGAGCGUCACCGAGACCUGCCAGAGGAGCAGCACCACCUUCCACGACGGCGGCGGCGCCGCCCGCACCAUCAACGUGAUAGACACCCCAGGUUUGUUUGACAUGAAGAUUUCAAUGGAAGAUGCCUGUAAAGAAAUUGUUAAGUGUAUCGAGAUGUCUAAAGAUGGCAUACAUGCUUUGCUUAUGGUAUUCUCAGCUGCUUCACGAUUUUCUCGUGAAGAGCAUAAUGCUGUGGAGUUGAUUAAACUGUUUUUUGGUGACAAGAUCCUCGACCAUCUUAUAUUAGUUUUCACACAUGGAGAUGCAGUGGGGGAGGAGGUUGCUUGGAAGAAAAUGCUAAUUGUGAAAUCCCCGGCUUAUGUCCAGGUCUAUGUCAUAUCUUUUCCAAUAUCAACAGAGUAUUUCAAACUACUUAUUAUUUGA